AUGACCAUGCAGCGAUCCGCCCAGCCACCACACCCCCUGCUGCACCGCUACGAGCCCCUCUGGCAGGACCGGGACAUUCGCUUCGACGCCGCCUCCUCGGAGCUGUCCCUCCGACCGGGCGAGCGGGUCAUCGAGGCCUUCUCCCGGGUGGAGGACACCAAGGGCAACACCGGCGAGGUGGGCAAGUUCACGGUGACCAAUCUGCGCCUCAUCUGGCAGUCGCUCUCCAAGCCGCGCAUCAAUCUCAGCAUCGGCUUCAACAACAUCACCACCAUCACCAACCGGCUCAUCCACACGAAGCUGCGCGGCCGCAACGAGGCGCUGUACAUGAUGACGAAGGUCAACGGGACCCGGUACGAGUUCAUCUUCAUCCGCCUGGAGCCGGUGCUGGGCGUCAGCCGGGAGAUGGUCGACCUGGUGGGCGCCGUCUGCAAGGCCUACGUCAGCACGCGCCUCUACCGGGACCUCCGCCUCCGCUCGGCCAUUCUCGCCGUCAGCUCGAAGCAGCUGAAGAUGCUGCAGUCGGAGCAGAUCUACAGCAGUGUGGGCGGCGUGUGGAAUCUCAGCUCGGACCAGGGCAAUCUGGGGACGAUGUACCUCACUAAUGUGCGGGUGGUGUGGCACGCCAACAUGAAUGAGCUCUUCAACAUCUCCCUGCCCUUUAUUCAGAUUCGAAACAUCAAAGUGCGCGAGUCCAAGUUUGGCCUGGCGCUGGUCAUCGAGUCGAGCGAGUCGAGCGGCGGCUACGUGCUCGGCUUUCGCGUCGACCCCGUCGAGAAGCUGAACUCGGUCUUUGAGGAGCUGAACAACCUCUACACGGUUCACUCGGCCACGCCCGACUUUGGCGUACACGCCUACCUCUCCUACAAUGCCGAGGCCAGAGGAGGGGGUGGAGGGGAUUUCAAUGGAGAAGGGGUCGAUGGACACGGGGGCAUGCCCAAUCUAAUGGGAUCGGGAGCAGAAGGAAGUGGUGGGGGUGAUGGGAACAUGAGCGCAAUGAUGGCCAUGAUGACUGCCGGUGCUGGUGGUGGAGGAGGUGGACUGCACGGAUUCAGUGCCGGAAGCCUGGAGGGGAACUUUACUUCUUCGGAUGCGGCUGGGGCAGCUGCGGCGGCCGCCGCUGCAGGCGUGUCUACCUACGAAGAGAUGGCCGGCGAGGGAGGCAAUGGCUUUGAUGAGGGAGUUUCGGGUAAUGGUGGUGGUCACCACUCAUACGGAGACGCAGUGGCCGCCUAUCUCGCGGAGGGCGAGUCCUCAGAGACGGCAGGCAAACGACAUGAGUGGGUGUAUGUGCCCGCACUGGGGCUGUCCAUUGAGAAGAUCAAGGAUGGCUACACGAUGGAGUCACUCUGGGAGGUGGUCGAAUCGUGA